CAGCCCCGGGGCGGAUGGCCGAGCGCGUCGCUCCCACGUCCCAGCGUAGCGCCUUCCUCGCGCUCUUCGUCGCGGAGCUCGUCCUCGGCCUGGCAGUUUCCGCGUCCCGCCCCGCUCCACGGCGGCCUGGCCCGAUGGCACCUCAGCGGAGGGGCGCAACCAAGGCGUCUGAGGGCAGAGGGGCGGCGGAACGCCGGCGCGCAAGCAGCACCAAGAAGGAUCAGGUGUCACGGGAUGCACAAAGGAUGUGGCUGAGGACUGCAGGCCUGGGGGCCAGCAUGGCGCUCUCUGCGUUCCUGCUGUGGAGCAGUUUGGGGGCCGACGAUGGCAUCACUGAGGUGCUGGCCCCCCGUGCUGAGGUCUUGGCAGGCAGAUUCAUCGAGGUGCCCUGUUCUGAGGACUAUGACAGUCACCGGAGGUUCGAAGGCUGCACCCCCAGGAAGUGUGGCAGAGGCGUCACCGAUGUCAUCAUCACCAGGGAGGAAGCAGAACGGAUCCGCAGCAUAGCUGAGAAGGGGCUCUCUCUGGGAGGGUCUGACGGAGGGGCUUCCAUUCUGGACUUGCACUCAGGAGCCCUGUCUGUCGGAAAGCACUUUGUGAACCUGUAUAGAUACUUUGGGGAUAAAAUACAAAGUAUCUUCUCAGAAGAGGACUUCCAGUUAUACCGGGAUGUGCGGCGGAGGGUACAGCUCACAAUUGCUGAGGCUUUUGGCAUCAGCUCAUCCUCACUAUACCUGACGAAGCCCACUUUCUUCUCCCGCAUAAACAACACAGAAGCACAGACAGCUCAUGAUGAGUACUGGCACGCACACGUGGACAAGGUGACCUACGGCUCCUUUGACUACACCUCGCUGCUAUACCUCUCCGACUACCAGGAGGACUUUGGCGGAGGGCGGUUUGUGUUCAUGGAGGAGGGAGCCAACAGGACGGUGGAGCCCAGAGCAGGUCGAGUCUCCUUUUUUACCUCAGGGUCCGAGAAUCUGCACCGAGUUGAGAAAGUCCGCUGGGGCACCCGCUACGCCAUCACCAUUGCUUUCAGCUGCAACCCUGACCAUGGCAUCGCGGACCCAGUGUUCCCAUAGCUGCGCAGAUUGGCAGAGGACCCUGUUGCUGGAGCCUUUGUGCUUACACUGAAUCCAUGCCCCGUCCCUCCCGUCUCACUCGUCUCCACUGCACAGAGUGCCUUAUGGAUAAUCCGGAUUUUGAUUUGCUAAUGUUUUAAUCUUUUCAUGUGUGAGUAAAUUAGGAGAGCUGCCACUCGUGUUUGCUUUGCUGCGCUUUUGUCGUGGGAGCCCCGCCUGUCAGGAAAGGAAGGAGCUGAGCAGAGAUUCCUAUCUGCCGACAGAGGACUGGUUUGCCUGGGCCUAGAAACCAACCUGGCCCACGAAGACCAAAUGAAGCAUCAGCAGACUCUGGGCAGGGACAGCACAGGUGUGGGCAGUGGCUUCUGCUCUGGGACUCGGAGUCAGCAAACCAAGAUUGCUCUGGAGCCAGUUCCAGUGAAUGGGUGGCUCUGGGGUAGGGGUGGCUGUGCUGGGUUCCAGGUGGGGACAAACAUCUGCUGUCCCCACAGCUCUGAGUCUGCACCCCCAGCCAGCCCGAUAACUUCCUGGGCGGGAUGGGCACAGCCAGAGUCCCUGAUGACCAGAAUCCAAGGUGACCCCACCAAGGAGGCCCUCAGUGUCACUGUCCUCAGCUCCCAUGGGCCUCCUGCCCAGCCAUUGCUCUGUCUAGGAGGUGCUACAGAGGAGGGUACACCUCCAUCAGCCCGGCUUCCACCAGGGUCUGGUGUGGUCUCACAGCCACUCCAGAAGUGACUAUCCUGGGGUUGGGCAUCAUCCCCGGAAAAGCCGGAACCAGACUCUGCAGCUCCCUGGACCAGCAUUCAGGACUAGGGACUGGUCUCCCUGGCCAGGCUUUGCAGUUCCCUGGACCAGAAUUCAGGGCUAGGGACUGGUCUCCCUGGCCAGGCUCUGCAGCUCCCUGGACUAGCAUUCAGGGCUAGGGACUGGUCUCCCUGGCCAGGCUUUGCAGUUCCCUGGACCAGAAUUCAGGGCUAGGGACUGGUCUCCCUGGCCAGGCUCUGCAGCUCCCUGGACCAGCAUUCAGGGCUAGGGACUGGUCUCCCUGGCCAGGCUCUGCAGCUCCCUGGACCAGCAUUCAGGGCUAGGGACUGGUCUCCCUGGCCAGGCUCUGAGCUCCUUGGACCAGCAUUCAGGGCUGGGGACUGGUCUCCCUGUGGCCACAGCGCUGCUGUGGGGGAGAAUCUGCGCUGACCCCUGGGAAUGACCAGACAUAAUGAUGGCUGAGGCUCGACAAGGCCCCUCCUGUACCGGGCAUCCUCCCAGGGCCAUAGGGGCCACCAGUCCGUGUUCCCCACGCAGGGCCAAUGUGGAAGGUGCUCCUGUUUCUGGCAGGCUCCUCCUUGGUCAGGGCUGUGGGCUGUGGGAGGUGGGGCAGGAGCAUCAAGGGCCUGUGUCCUUCUACAGCUUCCUGGUUGGGACACUGGAGUAAGGGUCACAUUUCUAAAUGAGACUUUGGUGGAUCUGGGAGGGAUGAGGCUCCUCUCAGGGCCACUGCUUCGUGGAUGCCUGCUGGCAUAGGCAGGGUCCUCCGUCCUGUGCUGGGGAGCUGUGCUUCCCAUCUUGGCUUCCAAAGGGUCCUGUGGUCAUGGUGGGGAUGGAUAGAAAGAGCUGCAUGGAACAGGAUUUUGUUCUGUCCCUGGAGUCCCCUGAAUGCCUGUGUCACUUCAUGGGCACCUCACUGCAUCUAAGGGACAAAUGCAUUUAGGAAAGCAGGUGUAAGGUUGGCUGUGGGUCAAAAUGCUUUUGAAAGAAGCAAGUUAUUUGUUUGGUUUUCAUUCUUUGCUGCUCAUACCAUUCUUGAUAAUCACAGAGGGGUCUGGACAAAGACAUAAACACGUUUGGCAAAAGCAAGAAUGUCCUUCUCCUGAAGUGGAAAAAAUGCGUGUGUGGCUAUGAAAGUGAGCCCUGACACCCAGGCUGCACCCAGGGGAGCUUGUGAACCCUGAGGACCGGCCCACCUGGUGUGGGCAGGUGUGAAAUUGUUCCAGGAGCUAUGUGCGUCAUUAGCUCUGCUGGAAGAUGCCGAUAAAGUUUGGGUGACUGUCUUGGGGAGAAACUGGAGUCAGGAGUGUUCUUUGAUGAAUGAUUUAUUUUUGAAAUUUAUUUUUAAAAUAAAAGUGAUUUGUUUAAAUCAAA